UUACCAAUUGUUCUACCAAGAAACAACGUGAUCCGCGAUGUGGUCAGCUUAAUUUUUGAUUGCUUAUAUCAAUCUCUUUAAGUUUUAAUGGUUGUUCUACCAAAAAACAACGUGAUCCGCCAAUUUAUAUCAAGUGAUCCGCCAAACUUUGUAAAGUGAUCCGCCUAUUUUGAUCGAUUAAAUCAAGCUCUUUAAGUUUUAAUGAUUUUCCUAUCAAAAAACAACAUGAUCCGCCAUUUAUAUCAAGUGAUUUUUUUUGGAUGAUUCCAAAAUAAGUUUUCCAAUUUAAAAAUCCGCCAUUUAUAUCAAGUGAUUUUUUUUGGAUGAUUCCAAAAUAAGUUUUCCAAUUUAAAAAAAAAUGCAGAUCUGGAAACUUAACGUUAAUAUUCUAGAAGAUACUGAUUUGUUUAGCGUGCGUUUUUUCAAUAAUCUUAUAUCUUAUUUUGAAUUAUCCAAAAGGACACGAACCCACAUUUUUAUAAAUGUCAGUAAAAGUCCCUUAACCCAUUUUUAUACUUUUUUAUAUUUUCGCUAAACUUUUUUUGUGUUCUUAAACUACUGUGUUUCUAUUAAAUGGAUUCUAUAUCUGGAUUUUUCAUCUGUCUUUAUUAAAUUGCUGAACAGUUCUAAUCUCUAAAUGAGAAUUAAUUGCUUGAAUAAAAUUUAAUAUUAACAUUAUUUUACGAACAGAAUUAAAAAUAAAAAUGCAAUUUGGCUCUCUUAUCGAUUUCAAUAUAUUUUCAUCAAGCUCAGUAAAAGAAUUUUUGAGUCCAUUAGUAAAAAAAGGAAAUCGAAAAUAUUUUGGGUUAUUGGAAUCACCAUUAAAUUAUGGUGCUGCAGAGAAAUUAUAUGCUACUGAGCUUCAGUAUAAAAUUUUUGUAUGUGGUAAUGGAGCUAUUGGGAAAACAAGUGCAAUACUAAAACUUUCAGGGGAAAAGAUUCCUGAUAAUGUGCCUGAAACACUUGGAAUACAAACAACAGUUAUUUAUUGGCCUGUUCGAAUACUUGAUACAGAUCAAUAUGUUUUGUUUAAGCUUAUGUUUUUUGAUACAAGUGAACAAACUUUAAAUACAUACAAUCAUAUUCUUCCUAGUUGUACUGAAAAUCUUGAUUGUAUUGUAUAUAUGUUCUCUUUCUCACGCUAUACUACAUGGGAAGAUAUACCGAAGUUAAUUUCUAGAGUUGAUGUUGGUGAGGAUGUACUUAAGGUAUGUGCAGGAAUACAAAAUGCAGAUAUUUUUUCAAAAAAAACUGAAGUAACGAAUAAAAUGAUUAAAGACUUUGAGCAGGUUUGGGGAUUUCCUGUUUUAAAUAUUAAUAAUGAAAAUAAAGAAGACUGCAAGGUUCUCGAAUUAUUUGAAGAGAUAAGUACAUUUAUGAACAAACUAUGUGAGCUAUUAUGGUACAGAGAUCAAGUUAGAGCUAAUUUGAUUCCAAAGAAUCAAGUGAACUUUUGUUUCAAAGAUAAUUUGAACAUGUCUAAUAAUCAGAAUUGUGCUGAUGAAGCUUUUUGUUGAAAUAUUUUAAAUUGAAAUUGACAAA